AUGCCCCGCCUCCCACACUCGCUCCUCACAACCUCCAUAUAUCAAGCCAUUGCAUCAUCCACCAGAAGCAUACCCAAACUCUCCUUCUUUAGCACUCUUCCCCCCCUCCAGAAGAACCUCCCACCCCGUCCCAAACCCCCACCAGACUCCGAAAUCGAAGAAUCAUACCUUAAAGGCAGCGGCCCCGGCGGCCAAAAGAUUAAUAAAACAAACUCCGCCGUCCAACUAAAGCACAUCCCAACCGGCAUCGUCGUCAAGUCCCAGGCCACCCGAUCCCGCAGCCAGAACCGCAAGCUCGCCCGAGAGAUCCUCGCUCAGCGCAUCGACGAGCUCACAAACGGCGACCACAGCCGCUCCGCCAUCGUCGGCGCCGUCAAGAAGAAGAGGGCCGACAGCGCGGCCAAGAAGAGCCGCCGAAAGUAUAGGCUGCUAGAAGAGGAGAAGGCGGCGGCGGCAGCGGCCGGUGCAGAGGCGGGAGAAGCAAGGGAGCCAGAAGCCGAAGCAUCGGCGGCCGAAGUCGAACCCCCCGCCGCACAGAAUAAAUCGAGAGCGGCCAUCGAACAGAGUACUAGCGACACAAGACAAGGCGCGGGUAGCCAUCCCAGCGAUACGGCGGCUGGCGGCAACUAUCUGUCCGGGCAAGGGUCCCGUGGAUCCUCGUGA